AUGGGCCACACAAAUCCCAAUCCCUUUGGCGAUGCAGAUGCUGAGUGGUCGGACGAAGAGGAGCUUCUAGAAUCAUGGUCCACCAGUGCCGCCCAAGAGCCCAUCGAGGCCAGACUACAACGUUUCUACCAGGUCACGAGAGAGCGGGAUGCGCUGAGGAAGGAGCUGCAACGGAAGAGCGUGGGACCUCACGGUAUACCAGCCACAGCUUCAGUGGUGUACAAAUCCGAAGAAAAGACACUGAUCGAAGAGCUGCACGCUCUACGAUAUGAGAUCCGAAUAUGGACCGAAGAGUACUUCAGCGGCCCGAUCAAGACCAGCAGCAGGCGCCCCUACCUGACCAGAGCGAAGAAACUAUUCGGCAACCUGUCAGAAAAUUACAACACAUACCUCAAAGACCACGACGACCGACCGCUGCUGAUGCAGUCCUACAUCUGGUCCCAGCUUCAAACUAAGAUCUUUAGCAACUGGCAGAAAGGCUGCGGCUACGUCUGGGCCGGCAAGCUCGGCGACCGCAAACUUCGCCCCAUCAACGACACGCUGCGCAAAGCCGUCAAGAACGAGGAAGAGGCGGAGCAAUACCACCAAUGGCGCUCAUUGACGGUCAAUCUCCUCGUCCCGCAGGUCGACGGCAAGUGGCGCCCGACCUUUGACGCGUCUCCCGUGCUCAAACGCAUUUCUCGCUUUUGUUCGCGCACACGUCGGAAGCUGAGGCCUUGGUCUGCGCAUUCGCUCCGCGCGGGCAAAGAACAAUUGCACACGAUUGUGUCGGCGGCUGUAGCGCUCGAUCUUAAGAUGAAGCGACAGCUUGCAGACUACCGCUUUGUUACAUUUACCGGGGGCAAGAAGGACCAGUUCUGGGGCUAUGGCUUCUACGAAAGCGAGAUGGAAGAUGUGUACGAUGACGACGAGGAUGAAUAUCAUGCUAUGGGCGGAUACGGAUCGAUGGCAAGUGCGAAGAGCAGGAAAGUCGAGCUCGCGCUUGCGCCGGCGCUGGAACGAUGUGGGAAUUCGAAUGGGCAUAUUUUUGAGCAGAGCUUCAUGCUGGUCAAGGCGGAUGUGAGCUGUAAACGACUGGAGAAGAUGAAGAAACCCGUGAGACCCACGAAAAAGGGAGGAGGCAUGAGAGGAGGAGUCGAGGCUUUGGGCAAAGCGUGGAAUAGACAAGCUUGA